CAUCACCCAAACUUUUUUUUUUUUAAAAUUUUUUUUUUUGCCCUAUCUAAUAGGGUUUCCAUGACCUUGUAACCUUAAUCUUUCUCAUGCAUCCCUGCCUUGAAUCGCUAUACAUCGCCUUGGUUUCCCUAAUCGUCUUCGGUUCUCUCUUUUUUGCCUUCUUUGGAGGGUUCUUCGGUGGAAAUCUCUGCACUCUAUACCUCCCGGGGUUUUUUGAGCAGUACACAUGUCGAAGAUCUUUGGUUUCACCGGUAAUGAUGAUUUUUGCUCUUUGGGUUCGUUAUAUUCAAACCCUAAGGAAGCCAACCUCUUUUUGUCCCUUGGUAGUCAUGUGGAUGUCUAUUUUCCUUCUCGGAAGAGAUCUCGCGACAGUGCCCCAUUUGUUUUCGCUGAAGAGAGGUCUCAGAAGAAGAAGAAGGCCUCUAUUGAUGUUCUACCAGAUGAGUGCCUUUUUGAGAUCCUCAGGCGGUUGCCUGGUGAGGGGAGGAGUACUUCUGCCUGUGUUUCAAAGCGCUGGCUUACACUUUUAAGUAACAUCCGGAAGGAGGAAUUAUGCAAAGAAGAUAUUACCGAAAAGAAGGCUGAAGAUCAGGAAUUUGAGAGUGAUGGGUACCUCUCCAGGAGCUUGGAAGGGAAGAAAGCCACGGAUGUUAGACUUGCUGCGAUCACAGUUGGAACUGCUAGCCGAGGAGGAUUGGGAGAACUUUUUAUUCGAGGAAGCAAUUCUGGCUGUGGAGUGACAGAUCUGGGUCUCAAGUCAAUUUCCCAUGGAUGUCCUUCUCUAAGGGUUCUUUCUCUGUGGAAUGUGGAUUCUGUUGGAGAUGAAGGUCUCAUUGAGAUUGCAGAUGGAUGUCAUCUAUUAGAGAAGCUUGACUUUUGCCAGUGUCCUGCAAUCUCCGACAAGGCUUUGUUUGCUCUUGCAAAGAACUGUCCUAAUUUGACUGAGUUAACAAUAGAGUCAUGUUCAAACAUUGGCAAUGCAGGCUUGCAAGCUGUUGGAAGGAGCUGCCCUAACCUGAAAAGCAUUUCAAUAAAAAGCUGCCCCCUUGUUGGGGAUCAAGGGAUUGCGAGCUUGGUAUCUUCCACAUCUUAUGUCUUGACAAAGGUGAAGCUUCAGGCAUUGAACAUCAGUGAUGUAUCUCUUGCUGUUAUCGGACAUUAUGGCAAGGCAAUCACAGAUCUUGCUCUUACCAGCCUCCCUAAUGUAGGUGAGAGAGGCUUCUGGGCCAUGGGAAAUGGUCAAGGGCUUCAGAAGUUGAAAUCCUUGACAAUCGCAUCGUGUCAAGGAGUCACAGAUAUGGGGCUUGAAGCAGCAGGAAAGGGUUGCCCAAAUUUGCAACAGUUUUGCCUGCGGAAGUGUGUUUCCGUAUCCGACAAUGGAUUGGUGUCUUUUUCCAAAGCUACUGGAUCACUUGAGAGCCUUCAAUUGGAGGAGUGCCAUAGGAUCACCCAAUAUGGGUUUUUUGGUGCUCUUUUAAACUGUGGUGCAAAGUUGAAGGCUAUUUCUCUUGUUUACUGCUUGGGAAUUAAGGACCUGAACAUGGGAUUAUCUAAAUUGUCUCGUUGUGAAUCUUUGCGAUCUUUGUGCAUUCGCAACUGUCCUGGAUUUGGUGAUGCUAGCCUGACAGUAUUGGGAAAACUUUGCCCUGAACUGCAGCAUGUGGAAUUUAGUGGUCUCGAGAGAAUUACAGAUGCUGGUUUUUAUUCACUGUUGGAGAGCUGUGAGACCGGCCUCGCCAAGGUUAACCUCAGUGGCUGUGUCAAUCUUACAGACAAGAUUGUUUCUGCAAUGGCUGAGUCACAUGGCUGGACUCUAGAAAUGCUAAAUCUUGAAGGUUGCAAGCAGAUUAGUGAUGCAAGCUUGGUAGCUGUCGCUGAUAACUGCUCAUUGCUUAGCGAGCUUGACAUCUCAAGAUGUGCAGUCACUGAUUUUGGGAUUGCAGCCUUGGCUCGGGAAAACCAUCUCAAUCUGCAAAUUCUCUCUUUGUCAGGUUGCUCUUUGAUAUCAGAUAGGAGCUUGCCUGCCUUGGGAAAAAUGGGUCAGACUCUUGUGGGGCUAAAUCUUCAGCACUGCAAGGCAAUCAGCAGUAGCACAGUUGAUCACCUUGUUGAGGAGCUAUGGAGGUGUGACAUCCUUUCCUAGAUGGGAACGAAAGUGAAGAACUCUUGCCGCAUGAAUGGCAAACAAAACAAACAGCGAGGGAAAAAAACUAAUCAGAAAGAAGCAGAAUUUUAGUCAGCUUUUGUGAGUAGCAGUAGUAACGUAUUUUCGGGUCCAUUAUCUAUGGGUCUCUUUUCAUCCAGUGUCCAGAUUUCCUUUUCCAGGGAGGGUGGCCGUAAACUUUUUUUACAGGUUUUCUGCAGCUGCAGGAAAUCUGUUUUUUUCGACUCUCUUAACGAGAAGUCUUUUUUUGUUCACGGCCAUAUUUCCCUGAGAAGUCCUCUUCAGGUCACUGGAUUUAGGUUCUCUUUUAUUUUGUUCUGGUUUUUUUAUAUUGCUAGGUUUUCGGGGCUUCUGUUUUUGCUGGCAAUGCAUUCAAGUGCUUGUAAGCUGUUGUAUUCUCUGGAAGUUCCGACGCCUAGUUUUAAGUCAGUCCUAUCGUUGGUUUUACCGAGUCUUCCACGUUUUUGAACUUGGGGUUCUUUACGUGAUGGUUGGGUCUUUUUAUAUUUCCUUAAAAGGGUAGUUCCUGGUUUUGGGAGUUCGCAUAUAUAUAGUUGCUUUUGGCAGUACAAAUUUUUGGUGCCUAGUGUUUUGGGAUCUUGGCCAUGGUAGCAGGUUAUAUGCAAGUCUGCCAUGACAACCCUCUCUUUGUUGGAGGGUUGUUUUUUUUACAUCUUUUACCAAGCCCCUACUUCAGGCUUCCACUUGUUUCAUCAACUGCCGUGUACUCUGCAACCUUUUAUUAUAUGUAAUGAAUGAACUAGCUAUCUACUCUUUUUGGUCGUUGUAUCUUUGAAUGAUAAUAAAUAAAGAUCAGUGUAUUAUAAUC